UAGUUAUUAAGAAGCUUAUAACUAUUAUAACUCUUAUGCAUUGUUGAUGGGUUUUGGAAUAAGGAAGAGCACGGUAAAUUACUCUCGCAAAACUAGAGAAGUGGUAGACAGAAAGUUUGUUUGUGAUAAGGAGGGCUAUAAAUCUAAUAGAGACAAGAUAGAGAUCUCUCUUUGGCGAGAGACGCAAGUGGGAUGUAAGGCAAUGAUGCGAGUUAAAUUAUUGGAGGACAAAUCGUGGGAGGUCACGGGGUUUGUUGAAGAACAUAUAAAUCAUGUGUUGAGUAGUCCAGACAAAGCAAAAAUGCACAGAUCACAUCAACAAUUCCAUAAAACUCAAAGAUGUAAAAAACUUAUUGAUAGUCUGCGAGAAGAAGGUAUGCCUCCUUCUACUAUUUCUCGCUUCAUCAAUGCAACUAAUGGAAGAGAAGGUGAAAUAGUAACACCACAACAAUGCAUUGAUCAUAUCAGAACCCAAAGAGUCAACAAUAUUGGUCAUGAAUGCAUAUCUAUCAUUUGUUAUUUUCAGAGUAUGACAGCGAAUGAUCCAGAAUUUUAUUUUGCAAUAGAAGUGGACAGUAGUGGACAAAUGAGGAGUGUUUUCUGGGCCGAUGGAAGAUCAAGAGCUUCUUAUUUGCAAUUCAGUGAUGUUAUUGUGUUUGAUGUGACAUACAGAACUAAUAAGCUCAGUCUUCCAUUUUCUCCAUUUACUGGUGUAAAUCACCAUAGGCAGUCUAUUUUACUUGGUUGUGCAUUAUUAGCCGAUGAACAUGAAGAUACCUUUGUGUGGUUAUUUCAAGAAUGGCUGAAAUGCAUGCAUGGUGUUGAACCAGGUGCUAUUAUAAUAGAUCAGGAUAGAGCAAUGUGUAAUGCUAUUCACUCAGUGUUUCCAACAACAUGACACCGUUAUUGCUAUUGGC